UUAGUCGCGAGGCGACGACGACGACGACGACAACAACGACGACAACGACGACGACGACGACGACGGGGACGAGGUCAAUCGGAGAACGAUGGCAGUGAGCACUUUCUCGACGGCAUUGCCCACCACCGAUUUUGCCACUACGUGUCCCACUACACCCGCAGCCUCCUGGACCGACGCGUCGCUGCCGCCCGAAGACGAGGAGGAGACCGUUCUGCACAUCGGCGGUAUCUUCCCUAUCGCCGGCGAGGGCGGCUGGCAGGGCGGCCAGGCUUGUAUGCCAGCUGCGCACCUGGCCUUAGAGGACGUUAAUCGCGAAAAAAACUUGUUACGCGGAUACAGACUCUAUCUUCAUUCUAACGACAGCGAGUGCGAACCCGGUCUCGGCGCCUCUGUGAUGUACAACUUACUGUACUUUUCACCUUAUAAAUUAAUGUUGUUAGCCGGAUGCAGCACGGUCUGCACCACAGUCGCCGAGGCGGCGAAAAUGUGGAACCUGGUGGUGCUGUGUUACGGCGCGUCGUCGCCAGCGUUGUCCGAUCGAAAUCGCUUUCCGACUCUCUUCAGGACUCAUCCAUCCGCCACCGUGCACAAUCCCACAAGAAUUAAACUGUUGCAAAAGUUCGGUUGGUCACGCGUGGCGAUAUUACAGCAAGCUGAAGAAGUGUUUAUAUCGACCGUCGAAGAUCUGGAAGCGCGGUGUAAAGAAGCUGGGAUAGAGAUAGUGACUCGUCAGAGCUUCUUGUCGGAUCCAACGGACGCCGUGAAAAACCUGCGACGUCAGGACGCGCGGAUAAUCGUCGGUUUGUUUUACGUGGUGGCCGCGAGGCGGGUACUCUGCGAGCUCUAUCAGCAGAACCUCUACGGCAAGACCUACGUGUGGUUCUUCAUAGGCUGGUACGAGGACGACUGGUUCGAGAUCAAUCUGGAAAAGGAGAACAUUCCUUGCACGAAGGAGCAGAUGCGAAUGGCGGCGGAGGGACACCUGACCACCGAGGCUCUCAUGUGGAAUCAAAACAACGACACGACGAUCAGCGGCAUGACCGCCGAGGACUUCCGCAAGAGAUUGAACAAAUUGCUUAAGGACGACGGUUACGACAUAGACAACAAUCGAUAUCCGGAGGGAUAUCAGGAGGCGCCUCUCGCCUACGACGCGGUCUGGUCCGUUGCGUUAGCGUUUAACAGAACCAUGGAGAGACUCGGCAAAAUGGGGAAGAGCUUGAAGAAUUUCACCUACGACAACAAAGAGAUUGCCGAUGAGAUAUACGCGGCCGUAAACUCGACCCAGUUUCUCGGAGUUUCGGGUCACGUCGCGUUUAGCUCGCAGGGCGACAGGAUCGCUCUGACUCAGAUCGAGCAAGUGAUCGACGGAAAGUAUGUCAAGUUAGGAUAUUACGAUACGCAGAGCGACAAUCUGACGUGGCGCAACGUCGAGCGGUGGAUCGGCGGCAAGGUGCCGCAAGACAGAACGAUAAUAAGAAUCGUUUUAAGAACGGUGUCACUGCCCUUAUUCAUAAGUAUGGCGGCUUUGUCGAUUCUGGGCAUUCUGAUCGCCAUUGGAUUAAUCAUAUUUAACGUCUACAAUAGGCACCGAAGAGUUAUAUACUCGUCUCAUCCCACCGCGAAUACGAUAAUGCUGGUGGGAAUAAUAGGCUGCUUCUUUGCCGUGUUGUGUAUCGGGAUUGACGGUAGAUUCGUGACCCCGUGGCAGUUUUUGAUAAUCUGCCAAGCUAGAGCGUGGGCGAUGUCGACUGGUUUCACCCUCGCGUUUGGUGCCAUGUUCAGUAAAGUGUGGAGAGUCCAUCGAUUGUCCACGAAGGCAAAAGCGGAGCAGGGAAAAUUAUUGACGGCUAAACAAAAAGUUUCGUCCAUACAGAAGAAGAUUGAGCCGUGUAAGCUGUACCUAAUGUUGAGCGGGUUGCUGUCGGUGGAUAUCAUCCUUCUCGUCACUUGGCAAGUGGUUGAUCCGUUGAAGAGGAAGAUCGAGACUUUUUCGCUGGAGGCACCUCCUUACGGCGACGAAGAUGCGAUGAUCAAGCCCGAAUUGGAACAUUGCGAGAGCGAGCACAAUAAUGUGUGGUUCGGUUUGCUCUAUGGCUACAAAGGUCUCGUUCUAGCUUUCGGGCUCUUCCUGUCUUACGAGACGAGAAGCAUCAAAAUCAAAUUGAUCAAUGAUUCGAGAUACGUUGGAAUGUCGAUAUAUAAUAUCGUGGUUCUAUGUCUCAUAACGGUACCCGUGGUAACGGUCAUUUCUAGCCAGCAGGACGCGAGUUACGCUUUCUCGGCGCUGGCCACAAUCUUUUGUUGCUUCCUUAGUAUGGCGCUCAUCUUCGUGCCGAAGGUGAUCGAGGUGAUCAGGCAUCCGAGAGACAAAUCCGAGUCGAGAUACAAUCCCGAUGGUGCGGUAUCCAAGGAGGAAGAGGAGAAAUAUCAGAAACUGCUCAACGAAAACGACGAGCUUCAGAAACUUAUCGCAGCGAAAGAAGAAAGGAUUCAAGCCAUCAAGCAGAAGCUAGCUGAGCGUGACAGCCAGAAGGGGACGAGUCGUUGCAGACAAGGUGGUCAACCCAAGCAGUCUUUCAUUGUAGCCGACUAUCCGACCGGCGAGGGAACUUCGGACAGUGCUAUCGGUGGGGGUAUUUCUGUUUGUACAAAAUCCUCCCGUGCUUCCGCUUCUGACAUUGAGUUUUCAGAGACGUAUUUAUAAUCUCGUCACACACGAGUUAAACAAUCACACGCUGCUGCGGACAUCUCCACGCGCGAUAUACAUUUGGCAUCUUUCAAGUUCUUUCGAUCGAUUUCGGUGAAUAUUCUCACGCUUCGCUCUCUUAAAUCUUUAAUCCAUUCGCUAAUUGUCGUAAGUAUCGAGUAAGUACGUAUAACUUGAGUUUCUUCAUACCGACGCACUCUCGGUCAGUAUUUCAUUUGAUCAGAUAAUUUUUAAACAAGUAUAUAACAGAUAUAAUGUAACUAUAAAUAGAGACGGUAUAUUUUAUAAUUUUAAAGAGAAAAGAAUGAAACAAUAUCAUAUUAUAUACAGAGAGACGAAAUAUUAUUUUAAGUUAUUUUAACAGCACAAAAUAUUUUUCUUCACAUAUCUUACGCACAAUUGUCGUAAUUACGUUAUCUUUAUCGACAUGAUCACGUGGUGAACAAAAACUUCUAAAUUAAUAUAAUAACUGAAGUAACGCAAGAGUAGGAUGUAAAUGUUACAUAAAUGUGUUAGAUGCCUAGUGAAUUGUUUAGAGAAUUUUGUUUUUGUUUGUUGUAGAUGAUUUGCGUAGUGUGUCACCGCUUUUGUAAGAGCAUACAGUAAUUUUAUAGAUUUAGUAUACAUUUAUUUCUUAUAUAUGUCUCACAAAAACAAUAUCAAUUAAAUAUACACAAUACGCGAACUAAGUAGUGACAUACUAUCUGAUAUGAAAUAUUUGGCCUAUGUUUCGUAGAAGCUGGCCCUAUCUUUUUGAACAAUGUAUGUGUUCUUUUUUCUACAUACUAUUUAUGGAUAUUUUGUACAACUAUUUUUAUCAUUGAGAAAGUGUUAUUAUUACAUAUUUAUACAUCUAUAGCCUAUUUUCUAUUAACUGUUACAUCUGAGAAUGUGGAAGUUUAUGAAGUUAUCAGGUGCAGUUUUUUCAGCACUGUGUGAGAAAGUAUAGUUCAAUCAGAUUCUGAGCGUCAUACAAUCCUUAUAUCCUAUGGACCAAGUGUUAUCCAAAAUAACUGACAAUUUUCAGGGACAGAGCUUUUGAAUAUAUUUCAUAUUUCUUUGUCACAAAAAAAAUAUAUAUAUAUAUACUCGAAAAAAGAAUACGUGAACUGUAUAAAAACGUUAUGAUCGCGGUUUUAAUCAGAAAUGUUGCUUAAAGAGAUGCAAGAAUUUUAUCAAAAUUAUGAAAAAAAAAAGUGUCUGUAUGCUGAGUUCUAAUGACAAAAUAUACAUGACGUUAUUGUUCCUUUAUUAUUCACAAAGAGAAGUGUAAAAAAAAACUAAAGAUACGUUUUUUACGCCGGGUUAUACACAACUUUACCACAUAAAUAUCUUUUGUGUGCGGAAAUAUUUAUUUUCAUAAUUAAAUAAUAAGCGAUUGAUUGAUGAUUUCAUAAUUAAUUUCAAAACUAUGUGUGAGAUAAUAAUAAAACAAAAAUACAUAUAUAGAGAACAUAUUUUAGAAGAGGUAAUGUACAAAUAUAUAAUGAAUAUGUUAAUUGAAAAAAAAGUAAUUAUUUAUUUUUACUCGGUAUGUAGAAACUGUGAUCCGUGGUAAUUAUUGGACUUUUCACUGGUUCACAAUAAUAUAUAUGUAUAUACAAUAUGUUCAUAAUGUAUUAUUUGUUAAUUUUUAAUCAUAUGUAUUAUCAUAUAUUUCAAUUAUAGCAGUUAAAUCUCGUUAGAAAAGUGUCGUGUUUAUUGUACACACAGUAUUAAAUCUUGUUGUAAGCCUCAUGAAGUCAACUCCCAAAUUUAAAAAAAAAAAAAAAAA